AUGGCCAACUUGCAGCCGUCCAGCUCCUGGACCCCUCGAGAUGAUCAGCAGCAGUACGUAUCUGCCGUUCACAAGAUGAUGCGGUGGGACGCAGUGCGGAAGAUGCUCGUGGAAGCCGGCAUCUCUGCACAGGAAGCCGAUUUCUUGAAGCCGAACUUCCCUUCGCUCAUCUUGGAGCAGCAAGGACGUACCGAGCCCCUUCCCAUAAGCAGCACCAUCAAGUUGGGCCAAUUGAAACCAGUCUUCGUAAACAACCGAUCAACGACCUACUUCAGUACCUUUCACUUGUUGCACCCGAUUCUGGACGAGCAAAACUUCAGAAAUACGACGGUCUCUAAGGCGUUUAACCGAGGUCGUCUGACGGAUAACGUAGACGCGACAUUGGUGCUUCUUGUGUUGGCCCUUGCCGAUAUGGGCGAAGCCACAUGUACUGAUCCUGGACUUGUUCAGCAACAUAUUCAACAACACGGAGGACCGCCAGGCUUGUCUUACUUCAACGAGGCCAGACGACGUAUGGGUUUCUUCGUGGCGGACUGCACUCUGGAAACCGUGCAAUUACUUAUUUUGGCGGGCGGCCUGAAUCUGGAGCUCGAACAGCCCCUGACCGGCUUAACAUCCCUUAGGGAGAACGAGUGGGGGUUGAAUGAAAGCAUGUUCAGCGAUAAUCUGAAUGAGGAUGGAUCCGAAUUAUAUGAGCAACAUUUCUACUCACAUAUCAACUUGCGAUAUCACGCGCGUGAAAUACAUCGCUCGUUGACAGCAAUGAACAACAUAGGGGUCGUUUCCGCCCAGGGCUACUUUACACAAAAGGAGAGGGAUCUCCUCUCAAGCAACCUAUCGAAAGAAGUCGAAGCAAGAGCACGUCACCUAAAUGAUUGGCGAGACAGACUCAAUGACGAGAUGCAAUGGGUCGAGAUGCGUUGGAACGAAAGCAACAAGAAGACUGAAGCUCCCGUCAGCCUUUUCCCGAACACGUCUGAAGCCCUCUACGAAACGCAAUACCCUAUCCAUGAUGACCAGAUUCGCCAAGUCUAUUUCCCCGACGUCGCGCAACCAAUGGAACCACAGCUGGAGCAACUGCAGCAACUGCAACAACUCCAGCAAAUGCCGCUCGAAGCUUUCGGCCCUGCUGGAGUCGACGUCAUACUUAACGCCCUGCUCAAGUCCCGGUACUACUAUCUGAGAUGCCUCCUGUACCGCCCGUACAUUUACAGAAUCCUCCACUCUGACAGGAUGUAUCAGUCGGACAUGGCCGGGGCCAAAGAGUACCUUCGAGCCUGCGUCCUGUGGCCCAUCAUCAUGCCACCGGUCUGCAACAGCAAGGCCAUGAUACCCAGCCUCUACCUCUGGACGCACAAUAUCCUGGGCGUCCUCGUCAUCUUGUACCUCUCCGAGACCAACCCGCGACUCAUGCGCGUCCGCGACGAGAUGACGCCCAGCAACAAGCCGAACGUCUUCGCGCCGCGGGCUCAGGAGACAGUCCGACUGUGCAUCGAAUGGAUCAGGAGUCUCCAGACCACCGACAAGUCCGCCGAGUGGUGCUGGUUGGUAGUCAAACGCUUGUAUCGCAUUCCGGACGAGACGAGUGACGGGCAAUACCUCGUUUGA